GACGUGAUGUCGACGAACGCAGCCCAAGUGAUCUUCCCGCCGUUCCAGCGCCCGCCGGUCCUUCCGUCCAUCCUGAGCCAUGUCGGGGACACGCCGCUGGUGCGCAUCAACAAGAUUUCUGCCAAGGCGGGAUUGAAAUGCGAGUUGCUGGCAAAGUGCGAGUUCUUCAAUGCUGGUGGGUCGGUGAAGGAUCGCAUCGGGCGGCAAAUGGUGUUGGAUGCUGAAGCGAGUGGUCGCAUCAAGCCAGGCGACACUUUGAUUGAACCCACUUCGGGGAAUACAGGGAUCGGACUCGCGCUCACGGCCGCGUUGCGCGGAUACCGCUGCAUCAUCACACUUCCGGAGAAAAUGAGUGCGGAAAAGGUGAACGUUCUGAAGGCUCUCGGCGCCGAGAUCAUUCGGACGCCCACGGAGGCGGCUUGGGACUCGCCCGAGAGCCACAUCGGUGUUGCCCGGCGUCUUCAGCAAGAAAUCAAGAAUGCCCAUAUUCUGGACCAAUACACGAACCCGUCCAACCCGAACGCGCACUACGAAGGCACGGCAGAAGAGUUGUUGUACCAAUGUGACGGUCACAUUGACAUGAUCGUGAUGAGCGCCGGUACAGGCGGCACCAUCUCUGGCGUAGCGCGUAAGCUCAAGGAGAAGAUCCCGAACCUGAUUGUCGUGGGUGUCGAUCCUGUCGGGUCUAUUCUCGCCCAGCCCGAGUCGCUCAACGACAAGAACAGGCUGUGUGGGUACAAGGUCGAAGGCAUCGGGUACGAUUUCAUUCCGGACGUGCUGGACCGUUCGUUGGUGGACCAAUGGAUCAAGACGGAAGACCAAGAGUCGUUUGUGAUGGCUCGCCGCCUCAUUCGCGAAGAAGGUCUCCUUGUUGGGGGGUCUUGUGGCGCGACUGUCGCAGCCGCGAUCCAAGCGGCCCAACAGCUCAAGGAAGGCCAACGAUGCGUCGUGUUGCUGGCCGACUCGACCCGGAACUACAUGACCAAGUUCCUCAACGACCAAUGGAUGUAUGAGAACGAAUUUGUUGACGACACACUGCACCAGUCGGACAACUACACCAAGUUCCGCAAGACCAUGACGACGUGGUGGUCGACCCAACCCGUGUCGGCGCUCCACUUGCCGGACGCGUUUACGAUCUUGCCCACGUUGUCGUGCAAGGCGGCGGCGGAACUCAUGGACGCCAAGGGGUACGACCAAUUUCCCGUCGUCGACACGUCGGGCGCGCUGCACGGGGUUGUUACGAACGGCCAAAUUCUGUCCAAGCUCUCGUCCGGCCGCCUCGCUGCCAAGGAUCCCGUGUCCCGCGGCAUGUUCCAGAACUUUGCGCGGGUCAUGACUUCGACGUCCCUGGGCGAAUUGGCCGAACUCUUUGACAAGGAAUUCUUUGCUGUCGUGCAAGGCGCGAAUGGCACGCUGCAUAUCGCGACCCGCAUCGACUUGCUCAACUUUAUCACGACCAAGAAGUGAGUGUCUUCGUGUUGAGUAGCGGGGGGGGGUGGUGGCUGUUUAAGUGCAUGACCAUGACAUCUUUGUUCACCAUGGCGUCCUCCAUCCAUGCGGCGUGGCGGUGUUGCCUUGGAUACAAGUCAUGCAAGUCGAGGACUGAGGCAAGAUACCCCGUCUACUACUAGAGUCUACUGCACGAAGUUGAGCUGCAGGGAGUUUUCCUGCCAGCUUGUGCUUGUUGUUGGACGACCUUGUCCGACCUCACCAUCGUGGCAUUUCAUGAGGGCAGAUCCAGUGCCCUUUGGUUGAAAGUUUGUACUAGUACACAGCUAAACGCACGAGUCCAACUAGAACGACACGAUCCUUGUCG